UACCAGACCCUGCUAGGAGCUCCAGGCCAGGCUGGGCCCCAUCUCCUUGGAGUAGCUCCUUCAGACUAGCCUAGGAAGCACUGAACUCCAGUGGUCAAGGGAGCCAUGGAGGAGAGAGCUGCCCAGCGGGAACAGGAGAGACCCAGUGUUCGUCUGGAAAAGCUACAGCACUGGGCAAGGCACAGGCAGAGUGGGCACCUCUUGGUGCUGGCGGUGAGCCAGCUAUGGCUGGCUGUGGCUGUGAUGCCCUUUGCUGUCUCUGUUGCCUGCCUGAAUUCUGCUUGUCACAUGGCCACAGCGCUGCCACUUGUGCCUGGAGCUUUGGGUCUCCUCACUGGGAUGGUUACCCUUGAGCUGCGCAGAUCACCCCGCCUCUGGAAGGUGCAGGCCAUGAUGAUACUCAACAUCUUCAAUCUGAUCUUGGGCUUCAUCGUGGUGGUGGUCGAGGUGAUGAAGACAGCCUUGGGGCCUGCCCCAACUGCCCCCUCCCAGCUGGCUGGCUUGCUGGUGGUGGAGCUCAGCGCUGAGACCUUCACCUUAGGGGGAGUGCUCCUCUCAGCGCACUCCCUAUUCCUGCUGAGCCAGAGGAAGCCAGGAUGCUGCCGGACCCAGAGUCUGCACUACCAGGAGCUGCAGGAGGUAUUCAGGGCUUGGAGGACAGUAUGGAGCAGUUACCUAGCAGCUGAUUUUUUCACUGGCUAUUGUGGUCAGUGGCACUUAAGGGAAAACCAUGGGGUUGGUGGGAGGUGGAGAGGGAGAAGGAGUUGUAGCCAGAAACUGGUUUUCUGGUUUUAGACGUUUCUCUCAUAGUGGUGGGUAAGAGGGAGCUGGGCGUCUAAAUGCCUGGGACUAGAAAUGUGGGACAGCGUUAGGAAGGUGCCUAAAAGGAAGGACUAUUGGAACAAGAAAAAAUGGAAGAACAGGAGGAAGUUGUUUCUGUCUGGGAUUCCCCCCUUUCUCACCCCUACAGUUUGCUCCCCUCACACCCAUCUGGCUCUUAGGGUCUCUCUGAGUUGGAGGAAGUUGCUGAUUUGGAGAAUGGCCCCACGGUGGCUAGCACAGCAAAUGGAACAAAUGAGUGAGCUGGCGAGGGGAGGCAGACAAGUCCUGCUCUGCUACCCGUCAGGAGCAGUUUCCAGACCCUCUUGUCCCCACUCCACAGAACUCAGAAGCUAGAUGAAGUCAGUCCUCUGAGACCUACAAGAAGUCCAGUGGAGUGCCUUCAAUUUCAUUCGGACUCGGCCCCUUUCUCUCCCCUUCCUCGCUAGGAGAAGCUAUACCUAAACCAGAGUAUUCCCUCACCUCACUAGCCUGAAAAGCUGCCCGCCUGCAGGACAUCCUUAAGCCAACUUUCAGCUGUACCCACUUCUCCCUUCCAUUCUUCCCCUCCUUACCCAUAGCCUCCCCAUACAGCUUCGCAUCUGUCUCAUCUCACUUAUUUCUCUUCUUUCCACAUUUCACAAUCCCAUACUCCAAGCCCGGGUUCCCGUAUGCGCCCACUCUUAGAAGUCAAUCCACGGGGGCUUUAGUUUUCUCUUUCGAUCCCGGUCCCUUCUACUCUAACAAAGACUACGAGUCCCAGGAUGCCCCUCUGCCCCCUGGCCUGAUGGGAAAUAAAGAGCCUUCCCUCCGGGAUGGGGGCGCUGUGCAUCUGCUGAGUGACGCGAGGCGUUGUAAAUCGGGGCCUAGCCGAGAGUUUCCUCGGACGCGACCACUGGCCCUGGGUGCAG